AUGGUAGCCAAGAAGGAUCGCAGCCUCAAGCGUCCCCUGCUAGGCCUCGCCUGCACCGAGUCCUCCCGGCCUGCAGAGGCCGCUGCCGGGUCCCGCGGCGGAGGCCGUCGAGAGCCGCCUCUCCGCCCGGCUCAGUCGCUGCGUGACCCCACCCAGGAGCAGCUGAGCGGCCGGAGCCGAGCGUGUGCGCGUCUGCGAGCCGAGCGGAGCCCCGAGGCAGAGCGCGGCGGCGGCAAGGCCGGCUCGUUCCGGGGGACAAUAAAGAGGCGCCGGGCCUGGUCGGGGAAAGCAGAGGCAGGAGAAAGGAGCAGGAUGCUGGCGCUCUUCACCAAGCUGCUGGACUGGUUCCGGGCGCUCUUCUGGAAGGAGGAGAUGGAGCUCACCUUGGUGGGGCUGCAGUACUCGGGCAAGACCACCUUCGUCAACGUGAUCGCGUCGGGGCAGUUCAAUGAAGAUAUGAUCCCAACAGUGGGCUUCAAUAUGCGGAAGAUCACCAAGGGAAAUGUUACUAUAAAGCUCUGGGAUAUUGGGGGCCAGCCUCGUUUUCGUAGCAUGUGGGAGCGGUACUGCCGUGGAGUCAGUGCCAUAGUAUACAUGGUAGAUGCUGCAGACCAGGAGAAGAUUGAAGCCUCAAAGAAUGAACUUCACAACCUGCUUGAUAAGCCACAGCUCCAGGGCAUCCCUGUCCUUGUUCUUGGGAACAAGCGAGAUCUGCCUGGUGCCUUGGAUGAGAAGGAGCUCAUUGAGAAGAUGAACCUGUCUGCCAUCCAGGACCGAGAGAUCUGUUGCUAUUCAAUCUCUUGCAAAGAAAAGGACAACAUUGACAUCACCCUACAGUGGCUUAUUCAGCACUCAAAAUCCCGGCGAAGCUGAGAGCCCUUUGGCCAGGUCUUGGAUCGGGAAGAUGCCAUUGUAAAAGCCCAAACGCACCUCCUCCUUUCUCUUCCCCCAUCUCCUGCUCUUUCCAACCCUCUCGCCCACCUCCCUCUCCCUAGAUGGGUAUUUUUAGGGGACCCCAGAUUCCUCUUCUGCUGAGAUUGAACUCCUGUUUUUAUUGUAAAGAAACUGUCUGCCUCCUCCCCCUUCCCCUUGCUCCUUACUCUGGUUUUGGCACUGUUCUGUUGUCGUCGGUGUGUGUACAGUAUAUAUAUAUAUAUGUAUAUAUAUUUUAAUUUUUUAAUUUAAGCAAUUUUGCUGUUAUCAAAUGGGGCCUGUGAGCUGUCGCAGGGGGUGGUGCGGGUGGGGCAGCAGCAAAUGGAUGGGGUGGGGAAAGUACCAAACGCAGUAUUGGGAAUGUUACGAGGAGUCAGGGGCACUUGGAAUCUUGCUGGAGGGGACCCUGGCUUUGGCAGUAUCUUCCCCCAAGAGACCUCCUUCUUUUCCACCUCAAGCCCCUCCCUUCUCCUUCUGCAACAGGAUCCAGGGGUUUCUCCCCUCUCUGCUGCCCCAAGCUGCUCAGCACUAUGGUUAGGGGAUGAGCCCCUGGGAAAGGUUCAUAGAGCAGUAUUGUUCAUGGUCUGAGAUUAUAGAGGAGAGUUGGUGCCAUCUCUUCC